AUGCCUUCUCAGACGACGGCCCGCCAACGAGCGUUCGCCCUGGCCGCCGCCGUCACGUCCCUGUCCACACUCGCCUCGGCCUCGUCCACCAAGGUCGCUUUCUCCGGCUGCCUCGGCCUCUGUGUCAACCACAACGGCUGCGGCGCCCGAGACACCAGCUGUGUCUGCGCGGCGUCGGCCCAGACCGCCUUCCUCGGUGACGUCGUGUCCUGCGUGGCCCAGUUUUGCCUCUUGAGCAACGGCGACGCCAGCGCCGCCACGGCCAACAGCGUCAUCGGCACCAUCGACGCCCAGUUUGUGGAAGUCGUGGCCGACGUGUGCGCAGCAGACAAGCAGAGCGUGCCGGCGAGCCGUAUCAGCGCGGCGCUGUCGUCGGCGAGCAGUCUGGUAUCGGCGGUGCUGGGCGUCGCGCCGACGGCGACAGGGGGCACGACCACCAUAACAACGCACGCCACGACGACCAUCUACCGGAGCACGCACACGGCGCAGGCCAAGACGACCAAGACGCUGCCAAACGGGGGAGCGACGUUCUUGUCGUCAACGUUGCCAUCCGCUGUGGAAACAACCACCUCGGCAACGACUGCACCGUCACCGCCGCCCGCCACGUCGUCUCCGGCGCCCGAGCCGACACCCGCGACAACGUCCGACCAAAACGACACAACGUCCACAUCAACAACCAAGACGGCCGCAACGGCCACGAAAGACGCGCCGGCAAGAGACACGACCGACUCGUCGCCGUUUACCAACACAAGAGAGGACUCGGCUGCACGGGCGCUUGCACCAGUGCCAUGGCAGGUUGUGGCUGCCGCAGCUCUUCCCCUACUGUUGACACUGGGGACGCACCUGCUAUAA